CGGUUUUGCGCAGAUACUACGACCGCAACUCAUGCAGCCGACCACUACGACGAUCCUUAAAGCCGGUGUGCUCCACAAGAAGGGGUCGGGCGCCGGCCUCUUUGGCCGCCGCAACUGGAAGCCGCGCUACUUUGAGCUCACAGCCACCCACCUCUCGUACUACGACUUUGCCUCGCGCCAGCUCAAGGGCGUCGUGAGCCUCGAUGCAAUUGGCGUCGACGCCAUCGAGUGCAUGCCCGAAGACGCAAUCAAGACGGGCUCGUCCGGCUCGACCAUCUACCGCAUUGGCGUCACCACACCAACUCGCCGCCUGCUCUUGUCGGCGGCCAACGAAAACGAAAUGUACGACUGGAUCGACGCGCUCGUCGAGGUCGUCGCUGCCAACGCCAAGACCAAGGCGCUCGCCAAGAUUGUGCUCGGCUCGGACGGCAAGGCGUCGACCGAGCACUCGCUCGCGUCCAAGGCGGCGCACGGUGUGUCGCUGGCCCCGCUCACACGCCUACCAAGCACCCUCAAGGCAUAA